CAGCACACUCACAGCUGGCCCGGGGAAGCUGGGACCGUCCUCAGGGUGCCCUCGCCUGCAGACCCCCAGCAGCCCUGGUGCCUGGGAGAAGCCAGCCAGUACGGUCCUCCUGGGUGCUGCCAGCAGCCUUACCUCGGGUCCCCUCAAGAUGCCCUUGUCGAGGGCCGGGCAGGUGCCUCAGCGUGGCAGCGGGUGCCUGCAGCCCCUAUGCUUGCAGGCCAGGCUGGAACAAUAGCUUAUUCCGGUGCAUCCGCUCCAGGAAAGUCCCCUGUCCCCACUCGGGCUCGGCUCCAGGAUGGCGUGGCUUGCUCUUCCUCUGGCCUUUGCCUAGCCUUGGAGGUGUAGGUGAUGGUAUCCCCCACCGCACGCAUCCCUGCUGGCAGGGAACAGCCGCCAGCAUCCACCCUGUGUGCCACAUGACCAGGGCUGCCAGGGAGAGCCCGCGAGAAGGCUUGGGAGCCGGAGGGCACCCAUGUCCCCCAGCGUCCCUGGCAGUGGGCACCUUCCCUGCCUUUGUUCGCCCUGCAGACUGGUGGAAGAGUGGGAGCACAAGGGCUGCCCGCCGUGUUUCUGGAGGUCUGUGUGGUUCCCCACAAACAGAGCUGGGAUAUCUCUCUUCUCCUGGAGCCCAGCCAGACAGCCCUGGGAAAAGCGAGUCCUCUUCCAUGGGAAAGUCCUGCAAGGAGAAAUCCCUGCUCAGCCUGGCCAGCCCCACAUUUCCCCUGGGCCCUGGUGUUCUGGCGUGUCCCUGAUGCUGUGGGGCCGAGCAGGGUGCAGGGCCAGUGGCGUGGGGUAGCACGGGGACUGCACUCUGCUUGCUGCCUUCUCCCAGGCAGCCCUUGUCUGCUCUCACUCCUACUCCCUGUGCCCUCACAGCAGCAGGGAGCCUUCCCCAAAGCCCUCCGAAGGGAUCAUCCACAGCCCAUGGGUGCGAGAGGGGCUCCCCCAAAGCUGGGCUGGCCUCACCACCUGCCUGGGACUGAUCUCUCAUUAUGCUUUCUUGCAGUUGCUCCUAAUGAGCUGUCCCGGGGAAGCCCCAAGACCUGCAGACAAAGCCGGGAUGAAGACUUCACCGCCUGGGGCCACAGGCAAGCGCUGGGGGUGAUGCUGGGCCCCUGUGCUGGCUUCUCCUCCCUUUCUUGGCUGUGAGGAGCGCGCCGCUCAGCGACACCGCAGCGAGCCAGGAAAGCUGGCUGCAGCCAGCAAGCUGGAAGUCUCCAUGCCGGCAGUGGUCGAAGUGGAGAGCGGGGGCACAGCCAGGAUCGAGUGCAACUUCUACAUCCCUGGAAAUGGUUCCUACACCUACAUUAACUGGUUUUACAUCGACCGCAACAACCGGGUGAGGCUGUGCCGCAUCAUAGGCAGUGAGAUUCUGGAGGAGAACGUGGACUACAAGCGGCGGCUGUCGGUGGGGGAGGACAAUGCCCUCUCCAUCAGCAGGGUGACGACGCAGGACGCCAGGACCUUUGUGUGCCAGGUCGGGGCGGGCAGCCACGGCGUGGGCGAGAACCGCACUGAGCUCCACGUCUACAAGGUCCCCGAGGCCCCUGAGAUUGCGGCCAGCCUGGCAGGCAUCUCCGUGCAGAGCAGCAACAUCCCACAGAUUGCCCACUGCGUGAGCAAGAACGGCUUCCCACCCCCCAACAUCACGUGGCACAAGAAUGGGGAGCAGCUGCAGCCGGAGGAGAAGAUGGUGAAGAUCCCGGCCACGCUGACGCGCGAGUCGAGCGGGCUGUACACGGUGAGCAGCACCCUCUUUGCCCACGUCACCCGGGAGGACCGCAAUUCCCUCUACCACUGCACUGUGCACUACUGGCUGCGGGGACAGAGGCAUGCUGUGGAGUCGCGGCGAGUCAACGUCACCGUCUUCUACCCUGCAGAACACGUGAAGCUGCAGGUCAUGCCGUCCUCGGCGCUGGUGAAGGAAGGGGAUGACGUGAAGCUGGUCUGCGAGGCUGACGGGAACCCAGCACCGGUCUUCAGCUUCUAUAAGAGAGGGCUGGAGGACAGCUGGCAGGACCUGUCAUCGCUGGCAGACACCAACAGUGGUGUGCUGAACCUGCAUGAUGUGAAAAAGAGCAGCAGCGGCCUAUACAGAUGCCAGACCCUGGACUUGGAUGAUAUGAGACAGCUAGAGAAGGAUGUGGAGCUUGUUGUGAACUACAUUGAAGGGGUCCAUGUGAAGAUGGAGCCGUCUUCACCCCUUCAGGAAGGGGAUAGUGUGAGGCUGAGCUGUGAUGCCCACAGCCCCGUGGCCCUGGACUACCAGUGGAGGGAUGAGAAGGGCAGGAAGGUCGGAGAAGGGAACCAGCUCUUCCUCAGCAACCUCACCUUCGAAACCUCCAGCAACUUCAGCUGCAAGGUGAUUGCACCAAGCGUGCCGGGGCUGGAGCAGAGCAAGCAGGUGGCUGUGGCUGUUCAGGGGAAGCCGCGGAUUGUUGCCAUCAGCUCCCCGCUGUACGUGCGGCAGGAUGAGGUGGUGAACCUGACCUGCAAGGCCAUUGCUUUCCCCAGGCCCUCUGUCCACUGGAAUGUCAACGGGACGGCUCAUGAAUAUGUUGAAAAUCAGCACAUCGCCAGCAACCUGACGGUGCGUGUGAACCACGACCUGCUGCGGGCGGGAGCCAUGUGCAGGGUCUCCAACGCGCUGGGUAUCAGCGAGAAGCACAUCCAGCUACUGGUGGAGUCCAUCAGAAAAGAUCAAAAGACACCAGAGAGCAAAGGGGUGAUCAUUGUGGCGAUCAUCGUCUGCAUCCUCGUGGUGGCUGUGCUGGGGUCUGUCAUCUACUUCCUUCACAAGAAAGGCAAGAUCCCGUGUGGCCGCGCUGGGAAACAGGACAUCACAAAGCCAGAGGCACGUAAAGACAAGAUUGUAGUUGAAGUUAAGUCAGAUAAACUUUCCGAAGAGGCGGGGCUCCUGCAGGGUGCCAACGGUGAGAAGAGACCUGCCGCUGACCAGAGCGAGAAAUACAUCGAUCUGAGAAACUAGAGAGGGAAUCUACUAAGUGCUUUCUUCCUUCAAACCUUUCCUGCUCUUGGAUUGCCUUGUCCCACCCCUGCUCCAGUACCUGGGGAGCACGGCCAGAGACGAUUACUGCAUCCCAGUGCUGAGCCCCAACAUGCGGGGGACACCCCCUUGACUCACCUAUCUGUUACCUCAACCGUGGGCUUGCAGGUUGUUGACUUAGCAGCAGCAGCAAAGCUGGACUUGCUUACUACUACAGAGAAGCCAACAGCAAUAUUAGAAAGAAAUAUCCCAUUAAGCUACCUGGUGGAAGGUUUUUGAGGCUUUUUCAGGAGAUUUGUCCUGUAUGUGUGUGGGAAGGUUUUGAUGUGUUUUACCCUAAACUUGCUCAGAAAAGCUGGUGAAAUGUUACUUUUACUUUUGGGAUGUCCCAGGCACCUUAGAUGUAGCUGUGUGCAGGUUAGAUGAGCAAAGAAUGGAAGUGGUGUGUUAGAGCAGUGUUUGCCAGCUGCUGGGGAGGUGUUAGUGCUUUGCUUUUUCUUUGAACUGUUUCAUGUCUUGUUAGUUUAGCCCAGCAGGUCCUGGCAGUGCUGUGCAGGUAGGGAGCUCCAUGAUGGGUAGCUGUGAUCCUACCGGAGGCGAGUACUUGGCAGAGCAAGAACAGGGGCAUCCAUCUCUCGGGCAUAUGACGGACCAAGGGCUUAGGUUCUCUGGUUUGUAGCGUAGCCUUUGCUGACGUGAGGGGGAGGCUUUCCGUCUCCCCACUCCCCAGGGAAUUGGAUUGCUUUUGGGGGGGGGGCUGCACAGCUGCUGGCAACAGCUGGUCCCGAAGCCUCCCCCAAAUGUAAAACUAAGAAGUAUUAGGCCAGGGCCAGUUGGUGAUGUCUCAGGGGUUUUUUUUGUGCUGAACAAUUACCAGCCCCAGGUAAAACUGAUUUACUGCUGUGCUUUGGUGGCACCCCUGGCCCCACAGCCAGGCUGGUGCUGCAACAGGUGAGUGGUGGAGAGGGAAGAUGGCCAAGCAGCCUGCCUUUAGCUUCUGCUGCCGUGGCCUGUCCCAGCCCUCCGCCUGCAAACAUGGCUUGCUCUCCUGCCUUCUCCUAGAGAGAUCAGCCCCCUGCAGCCUCUCUUUUCCCCAAAGUCACUACUCUCAGUGCUAUGCUGUCCACAAGCCUAUGUCCCCCCAGCCCUUGGGCAAGGGGCUGAGGCUAACCCCGGGUGACAGGAGAGGUGUCCCCUCGCGCACCCCCAGCAUCCUCUGCUGGUAGCAGGGAGCUGUGCAGCAGCGUGGUGGCCAGUGCCUAACAAGCAGUGAGCUAUACUCAUGAGCUACAAGUGUUGUCGAAGCAAAAGCUUUGGUUUAUAUAUAUUUUUGUUGGAUUGUGUGUAAAUUUCCAGAAGUUUUGUCUGAUACUCGCAAGGUUUUUUUUAUAUAUGUGAAAAUAAAGUACAAAGUUCAAA